GUGCACUGUAGUACACAUUUAGUUUUUGCUUAUAUCUCUCAUACUACACGUUCCACUCUUCUACAUCCUGAUGUUUCUUAAAGAGGACCACUGUAGCUUUAAAAUGAUGUCACAUGUGUGGGGGUGUGUCCUUGUCAACUCUCCUUUUCCUGCCUUUUCAAAAUGGCUGGCAUCCCGGCAAGCUCGUUUUAUGGAAGAAAUAAAGUAGCCAGCUCUUUGACAGAGGCAGAGAGAAUUCUUAACAGAAUCAUUGAGGGAGAUUCAGACAUAGAUCUUUCAGAAGAUGAGAGUCAAGUGAGCCAGACAGGAGAGGUUGAGAACUCAGAUGAGGAACCAGAUGAGGAUGACCUACAAGAUGCAGGGCCAGAUGUAGUGGACAAAGACACAGGGCUUUCUGAAGUGUACCGUCGUCCCAUUUGGUCCAAAACCAACAUGUUCAUGCCUGUUUUGGAAGAACACAGAUUUGCAGAUGAUGGGACCCUAAUGACCCGUAGCGAUUGGAGCCCACAGCAGUACUUCCAACAGUACAUUGACCAAAAACUAAUUCAGGACCUGUCCUUCUUCACCAAUCAGCGUAUGGUACAGGAUUCAGGGUCUAGUUUAAACACAACACCAGAAGAGAUCAAAACCUUUUUAGGAAUUUCCAUGUAUAUGGCAUGCCUUGGAUAUCCAAGAAUCAAAAUGUACUGGGCUGCCAAAACAAGAGUCGCAGUUAUAGCAGAUUCCAUGACACGUGAUCGUUUCUACAAGAUCAAGUCUUUGCUGAAAGUGGUCAAUGAUCUAGUUGUACCAGAAGACGAAAAGAAAAUGGAUCCCUUGUGGAAAAUCAGACCAGUUCUAAAGCGAGUCCUCCAAGGUUGCCUUGGCCUACCUAGGCCAACAAAGGUCUGUAUUGAUGAACAAAUUGUUCCAUUCACCGGCCGUUGUCCAGUUCGUCAGUUUGUGCCUGGGAAACCAAAUCCAACAGGAUUAAAGGUUUUCGUUCUUGCAAGUCCAGGUGGCUUGGUACUGGAUUUUGAAACUUACAUGGGAAAGAACACCUUCACUCAAGUUCAACAGAUGGGCAUAAGUGGAAAUGCAGUCCUGCGUUUGACUGAGACACUUCCCAGAGGAUCACUGGUCUACUUUGAUCGAUAUUUUACGACCGUCAAGCUUCUAGAUGCACUUCAAGAAAGGGGCUUGUCUGCUACAGGAACAAUUCAAAAGAAUCGAAUCCCAAAAGAGUGCCACUUCACUGCUGACAACAUCCUGAUUAAAAUACCAAGAGGAUCAUCAGAAAUGAUUGUACGGAGACCUGAAGAAAUAGCAAUCACCAAGUGGAUGGACAACAAGCCUGUUAUCAUGGCAUCAACUGCCCAUGGAGUUGAGCCCUAGGAUACCUGUUCCAGAUGGUCAAAGAAAGAACAGAGACAAAUCCAAGUCCCGAGACCUGCAGUAGUUGCAGAAUAUAACAUCAACAUGGGAGGAGUUGACAUGUGUGAUCGCAUGCUCAGCUUCUACAGAAUGUCCAGCCGGACCAAGAAGUGGACUGUUCGCACCAUGCUUCACUUCAUUGAUUUGGCCAUCACCAACUCAUGGCUUCAGUACCGACAAGACAGCCAGGCCUUGCAACGGGCUGCAAAGAACACCUCCCAGUAUCUGGAGUUCAAACUCCUCUUGGCAGAGGAACUAAUAACCGAGGGACAAACAUGUCAACAAGACCUGAAUGUUUCAAGUGAUGAAGAGUUCUCUCUGGAAAUCAAAAAAAGGAAGCCCCAUCCAGAUGAGACAGUAAGAAAAUAUGGUGCUGUCCACUUGCCUGAAAUGGUUAACAGUCCAAGGCCUUUCAGGUGCAGCAUGCCUGGGUGCAACAGUAAAACAUAUGUGAGAUGUGUGAAGUGCCAAAUGUUCCUCUGUGUCUCCAAAAAAUCACAGUGCUUCCUCAGAUAUCAUAAAUGAAUGAACUUUUGUGAAAUAGAAGUAUAAUCAGUCGUUCCUAGUUAAAUGGCCUACAGCUGGUUAAACUAAGUUCUCAGUUGAUCCAUGACCUACUUUUCUGAUAUUUUUAUGUAAAUAUUUUAAAUAUGUUUUGGUAUUCUGCUCACAAUGAUUUCAGUGGAGCUAUCAAUUUUCAUAGUCAGCUCUUGAAUUUUAUCAAUGUUUCACACUCGUGAUGAAUGAAGUCCUGUUGUGCACUGGAGUACACAUGUUGCAAAAUUUAAAGAAAAUGAGU